AUGCCACCCAAAGCAAAGAGCGUCUCCGACCUCGCUCUCGAGCUACGAAGCGGCGAAAUCGACUUCCGCAACGCCACGAUUCAAGAAUGUAUUCGCACGGUAUUGGCAGACUGGGCUACGAGCUCGAAGCGGACGGAGCCUUCCAAAUUGCAUCCGCUGGCGCCGUACAUGCUUGAUGGAGUAAGGAAGGGACUGGGGUUGGCGCCGCUCGCGGGAGGAGCCAGCAAUACGAAGGCAACGACUUCAAAUGCGUCAACGUCGAAGGCGCCCGCGGCUACUAGGAAGAGAGUGGCUCCUACUACCAAGCCGGCUGAAAUUGCUAGCAAGGCCAAGAAGCCCAAGCCGGACUCGAAGGGCGGCAGCAGCAGCAGCGGGGUUGGACCUUCGCAAUGGUACGAGCUGGGCUUCUACGCUCCUGCUCCAGGUAUGCGCCCCGCUCUCGAUGGGUGGGGUGCCCGAUCGCCCCCUUCUGCGCCGAAGAGGGGUCCCAAGAAGGAGGACGAAGAUGACUUCUAUUCGGACGGAUGGGGCUUGUGA